AUGGCGUGCAUGUCGCCCGCUAUCGUGGCAGCUACUUGCGCCAUUACUACUUAUAAGCUCUCACAGUAUGUUGGCCAAAGCCAGAAAGCGUGGUUAAAGAGUGUACAACAACAACUGAGCGCUCUCGGGACACUAGCUCAAGUCAUCAUCAUCGCAAGUUCCUUCCCCUACAUCUUCAUCGCCUUCCCAAUCCUCUUCCUCCUCGUCAUCGCCAUCCAAAGAUUCUACCUCCGGACAUCCCGCCAAGUACGCGCCAUGGACAUAGAAGCCAAAAGCCCUCUACUCACCCACUUCCUCGAAACCAUCACCGGCCUACACACCAUCCGCGCAUACUCCUGGCAACACCAAAGCCAAACCAGCUACCACACUCUCCUCAGCGCUUCCCAACGACCCUACUACCAACGCUUCAUGGUCCAAAGAUGGCUAAACCUCGUCCUCGACAUGGUCUCCGCCGGCAUUGCCAUCCUAAUCGUCGGAUUAGCCCUCAACUUCCAAACCCGGUCCACCCUAGUCGGCCUAGCCCUAGUCAACAUCAUCUCUCUGAACGAGACUCUCCAACUCCUGAUCCUUCAAUGGGCGUCAUCCACAACCCCCAACGGCACAAUCACCUACCAAAACCUCACAGCCCACCACCACCCCACCUCCCCUCCCGCCCUCAAAUUCAUAACCCUCUCCAUCCCCCCAGGAACCAAAGUCGGAAUCUGCGGCCGAACCGGCAGCGGAAAAGACACCCUCAUCUCCGCCCUCUUCCAAAUGGUCUCCAUCACCAACGGAUCAAUCACACUCAACGGAAUGGAUAUUUCCUCUCUCGAGGCAGAAACCCUCCACUCGAAACUCAAUCUCAUCGGCAUCGCACAACAAACCUACCUCAUGCCGGGGAUAUCUCUUCGAGAGAAUCUACUCCUAGGAUGUGAACCAGAGGAGGUGGUAAAUGAUACGCUUCUCAUCGCGACAUUACAAAGGUUUCAUCUGUGGGAAGUAGUCUCAGAAAAGGGGGGCCUGGAUGCGAUUAUAGAUGAUGAAGUUAUGUUGUCGGCGGGACAGAUGCAGCUUUUUUCGUGUGCGAGGGCGGCGGUACUUAGGUCCCGUCGUGGCGGUGGUAAGGGGGUGGUGGUGUUGGAUGAGCCGGCUAGUAAUCUUUCCCCUGAGAUGGGGGAGUUGAUUCAGCGGACGGUGAUGGAGGAGUUUCGGGAGUGGACGGUCAUUGUGGUUAUGCAUCAGGUGGAGAGGAUGGUGGGGAUGGAUUUGGUGGUGGUGUUGGAUGGGGGGAGGGUGGUGGAGGUGGGGAGGCCGGGGGAGUUGUUGAUGCGGGAGGAAGAGGAAAGGGGGGCGUUUAGGGGGUUGCUUGAUGUGAGGAGAGGGAGGGAGUGA